UGUGUUUCUCUGAGCAGCAUGUAGGGGGAGGUAAAGGGACACUGGUGGCCUGUAGCAUUUUUUUUUUCUUUUCUUAUUAUUAGAAGAAGAAACUCACUCACGACCACUCACACUGUGUUGUGUUGCGACAUGUCGAAAAACAGGCUGGGUGAAAUGCGGCACUCCUGAGCAAUACUUGAUGUUGUUUAGUUGUUGAUGAAAGAGAAACUGUCACCAUCAGGCUUUCACCCUACGGGCUCGUCCAGUGCUCCUGCUCCUCCUGCUGCUGCUGCUCCCCUCUCCUCUCCUCCACGAAACAAGCGAUGCUGGUCACCGUCUUCUGCGCGCCGAGGGAUCGCCCAGAGACCACCUUUGCCCUCGAUGUGUCCCCGGAGCUGGAGCUGAGAGACUUUGUAGCACUUUGUGAACUGGAAUCAGGAAUCCCAGCUGGGGAAAUACAGAUCACAUAUGUAGAACAGCCCCUAAAAGACCCCACUCGUGCCUUGGGGAACUAUGGUGUUAAGGAUGGAGAUGUGGUGGUUCUUAGGCAAGCUGACAGAAGGCCACCACCGACGCAACCAGCCUUUCCAGGUCUGCCCCAUAUUGACUUUCGCUCCAUCACAGUCCCCGGCACCUCUUCUUCAUCCAGUUCACGUGGUGCCGUAAUGACGCAGCCGCAGGCUCCGCAGCCACCGCCACAAUCACCGCCACAGCAGGAACAGCGCACCGCACAACCUUCCACGCCAGUGGCCUUUCGCGGUUCUUCCCCUCAGGGGCUGGACGACCCUGCCUUACUCCAGCAGAUGCUAUUAUCCAAUCCACAUGAACUUUCACUGCUCAAGGAGCGUAACCCGCCCCUUGCUGAGGCCCUCCUGAGCGGAGACUUAGAGCGUUUCACCAAAGUGCUGCUGGAGCAACAGCAGGAUCGAGCCAAGCGAGAGCAAGAGAGGAUCAGACUUCUGACUGCUGAUCCUUUUGAUUUGGAAGCCCAAGCUAAGAUUGAGGAGGACAUCAGGCAGCACAAUGUGGAAGAAAACAUGACCAUUGCUAUGGAGGAGGCCCCGGAAAGCUUUGGACAGGUGGUUAUGCUCUACAUUAACUGCAAAGUCAAUGGGCACCCUGUGAAAGCUUUUGUUGACUCAGGAGCCCAGAUGACCAUCAUGAGUCAGGCAUGUGCUGAGCGCUGUAACAUCAUGCGGCUGGUGGACCGUCGCUGGGCUGGGAUCGCCAAGGGAGUGGGUACCCAGAAGAUCAUUGGCAGAGUUCAUUUGGCUCAGGUCCAGAUAGAAGGAGACUUCCUUCCUUGUUCUUUCUCCAUCUUGGAGGACCAGCCGAUGGACAUGCUGCUUGGCCUGGAUAUGCUGAAGAGACACCAGUGUUCGAUCGACCUGAAGAAGAGCGUGCUUCUAAUAGGCACCACAGGCACUGAAACCCGCUUCCUGUCUGAGGCAGAGCUGCCAGAGUGUGCCCGACUGGCAUACGGAGCAGAGGGCCGUGAAGACGCCCGUCCAGAUGAGAUGGCUGACAGAGAACUGGCAGAGGCACUUCAGAGGUCCAUACAGGAAAGCGACACUGCAGAUGGACAAACUACCUCACGGCAGCCCCCACCAUUUACAUUACCCAGAACCUUAGACCAAAUGUCCUCAUCCACCUCCCCUUCCCAAAGCCCUUCCUCUGGCCAACCCCAGACCCUGGAUCGUUCUCAGUCCGCCCCGGCCGCCAUGGAGCAGGCCUCAUCAUCAGGGCUGUGCCAGGACCAACCUGGCUACCAGGAGCUUCCUCUGCCUUCGUCCCCAGCAGAGGAUGUUGGCGCUACACCUCAUCAGGUCCACCCUCACCCUUUGCCUGAUCACAGCGACUCCAAAGUGCCCCCUGAACCCAGUCCUUCAACAGACGUCCUCCGUACAUGUACGCCUCCUGCUGACAUGGCUACUGUGUCCCAGUAUCCGGGGGAAGAGUUACAGCCUGGUGCCGCAGAGGGGGAUGCUGAAUCAGACGAGGUGGUGAACAGCUCCAUGCUCCCCGAUCCGGAGGAGCUUUCUCCCAUUCAACCCAUGGAGCAGGAGGCAGCUGAGUCAGACACAGCUGACGCCACAGAAGCAUGUCCGAGUGAUCCCACCCAGUUCGACUCGGUUGAAAUGGAGUCCCCCACCGACUCCCAAGACGUGGUGUCAUCCGAGAGAGACCAGCCUGAAGGAGAGCACUGCUCCAGCUCCGACAGCAUCCCUUCACUGGCGGCCGCUCUGAUGGAGCUUCACGAGCUGCUGGUAUCCAACAACCGGGCUCAGUCGCAAAACCGCAGCACCUCCUGCUCCCCCUCACAUUCAUUCAAACAGGAAACAGACGAAGUGGCCCCCGAGCCACGCACCCCGACACCCGAAAACACCCAGCAUAUCCCUUCUACUGCCAUCACAGCCGGUGCAGAAACAAGCGAUGCCAAAGCCAUCCAUGCUGCUGCUGUGUUUGAUGAGGGACCAUCUAAGUGUCUUUUGCCUGACCUCUCUGGCCAGGAUGAGCAUCUGGACGGAAAUACAGCAGAGACUGCGGAGGGACAAGGACCGCCGCAGUGUCCAGAUGGCUCCGGGGAGAGGAGGGCAGAUAGUCGAGGGGACGAUGAAGCUAACAACAUCAGCAUUUUUCAGCCUGAGCCAGAGGUUCCCCCUGAUCCUGCAGGGGACCUGGAGAUCAGGGAACCUCCCGAGGGGCAGCAGGGGAGAGGGGUUGCAGAUGGACGAGCCUCUGGCACCAACACCCCGGACACUCUUGGCCUCCAGACUGAGCACACUUUCCUCAGCCCUCUAUCUAUGGCAGUGGGCUCACCCGAGGAAGUCUCAAGCACCUCGCGCCCCUCUUCCCCUCCUCUCGCUCAGGCUCCCCAGCUUACAUCUCCAGAUCCUCCUCUCCCUUCUCCGCAUCCCUUUAUAGAACAAUUUCCAGCUGAGCACAUCCAGAGAAUCCAGGCAGCAGGGUUUUCUGCCAGGGAGGCUGCAGAGGCACUGGAAAGAGCUCAUGGGGUUGUGGAGCUAGCUCUGCUGGCACUACUAGCCCGCAGUAUCACUGUGCCCACCUAGACUCAUAACUAGUCACACGAGUCCCCAGCCUCCCAACUCAAGCAUCUGUCUUAUUUAUACCUUGUUACUGACCCAGAUGUCUCAGUCCCUCCUUAGCAGGGAGCACGUAUAAACACAGGGAAAUGCUGUCUCUUGGUUUGUCGUACAGAAUAUCCAAGAACAAACAGGACAACUGGUAAUACUUUUCUGGAUAUUGCAGAUAUGUGAGGAGUGUUUGCAUGCAGAUGUUUUGGGUGCCCACCCACUUCAUUGGUUUUUAGAGAUUUGGUAUGAUAGAUUGAUUUUCUUCUUGUUUUUUUUUUUUUUUUUUGCGUCAACAUUGAUGCAUUAUUAAAUGCCCAAUGUGUGAUUGAUUCUUUAAACCAUUAAACAUUAUUAUAAUUUCCCCUUUUUGAUAUGUCAUAAAAACUAUUGUUUAAGUUGUGGAGCAUCAAUAAAAAUGGAGAAGUGCUGCUCCUCCUCUCCAUCUCAGAAUAACUCUUGUCUGGUGAACACGGAUAUUUGAAGCAAUCUGCUGAUAAAUGAAUCAUCCUGUUGUUUGAUUUGUAUGUUUGGACCCCCCCCCCCCCCCCUCAUUCAAUUUACAAAUCAGAGCCCAGCGAUGGGGAAAAAGCUAAAUUGUGGGAACUGUUGCAGUUUAGAAGCAUCGAUCAAGUUUACAAAUAAUCUCUCCAGAUAAGUUGAAACCCUGAUAUACACAGCCAUUAUCACACUGAAAUGUUAAGUGAGCCACAAGUGUGUGUGUGUGUGUGUGUGACGUAUGAUUUCAGUUCAGUAUGUGAAUUACAGAAGGUAUCUUGUACUGUAUGUAUCAUUCUCCAGUUUGAGAGACUUGCCAUGUGUAGAUUACAAAACUGUAGGUCCUGUUCACAAAGUCUGUCUUGUUUUGUGUCAAAUCAUCAGUGUGUUCAUAUCUUUUUAAAAGACAAAACAAAAACAAAAAAACACACCCAUCUUCAUUUUAUAAUCUGUUAUCUGAAUAUGGCCAUCUGCGCCUGUCCAAUGUUUUGUCAGUGCAUCAUAUAUCAAGUAUUUCAAUGGCUUUAUUUGAGUCAUGUAUCAACAAUGUUCAGGCAGAUCGAAUUAUCUACUUUUAUCUUGUAUGAAAAUUUUAAAUUGCAAAUAAAAUGGAACUAGUAUUUGUA